AUGAAGUUCCUCCUCCCCAUCCUCCUCGCCGCCCCGGCUGUCAUGGGCCGAGCCUGCAAAGUUCGGCACUCUCACUCUUCUCAGCCCGUUGAGGUCCCAGUCAACACCCAGCCUGCUGCCAUCGAGGUCCCCGACAACAACAACGGCGCCAUCGUUGUGAGCACCACCGCCGUCCCCGAGGCCGUCGUCUCCCAACCCGCCGUCGAGCAGCCUUCUCCCGAUGAGCAGGACAGCCCCGCCGUCUCGGACACUACCCCCAAGACCACCCUCGUCACCUCUGUGGCUCCCACCACCCCCAGCGCCAGUUCCGUCCCCGAGACUGGCUCCGGAUCCGACUCUGGCUCUGGCGCUUCCGAGGAUCUCGGCGGCUCGGCCAAGACCGGCUCUUCCACCUUUUACGGUGGUAACCUCGCCGGUGGAAACUGCAUGUUCUCCACUUACACUCUCCCCUCCGGCAUCUACGGAACUGCCUUCUCUGGUGCCGUCUGGAACAAUGCUGCCUCUUGCGGUGCUUGCAUUGAGGUCACUGGCCCCAGCGGCACUAUCAAGGCCAUGAUCGUUGACCAGUGCCCCGAGUGUGAGGAGGGCCACCUCGAUCUCUUCCCCGACGCCUUCACCGCUGUUGGCGGCACCGAUGGCAUUGUCCAGACAUCUUACAAGUUUGUCAGCUGCGGUAUCACCUCCCCCCUGUACCUGCACAACAAGGAGGGAACCUCCCAGCACUGGUUCUCCAUCCAGGUCGUCAACGCCAACGAGCCCGUCACCAAGCUCGAGGUCAGCACCGACGGCGGCAGCACCUGGCAGGAGACUGAGCGCAAGGACUACAACUUCUUCGAGAACUCUGCUGGCUUCGGUGUCGACUCUGUCGAUGUCAAGAUCACCAGCAAGACGGGCAAGACCGUCACCGUGAGCGGUGUCGGCGUCGAGGCCGGCGCCAAGUUCGAGGCCGACUCCAACUUUUAA